CAGCACAAUCCAAUUUUGUGCAUGAAAUUAAGGAAAGAACCCCUUUACUUAUGGUUCAGGAAGAAAAGUCUGCUGGAGUAAAGAAGAAUCCGUCCUCGCGUCCAUUAAGCAUGGUUAUAAAAGUCAAGCCCCAGGCUAAAAAGGCCAAGGCGGAUGAAAAAAAUGCUGAAGAAGUUUCAAAAGCGGAAACCACUCUCGAGGAUGAUGAUAGUGAACCCCAAGCUAAAAAGUCCAAGAUAGAUGGAGCAAAUGCUGAUGUUUCUAAAGCUGAAACUACUACUGAAAAUGAUUUGCCUAAGCCAGCACAAUCAUUAAAUGCCCUUGUUUCCUACAGUGACGAAAGUGAUGAGGACUUGUAAUUUGAUUUUUGUAUUAUGACAAGUUAGAGAUCUUGUUCCUUAUCAUAUAGCCAUAGCCUCUAGUUAUCUGUUGUAUGUCAUUCAUGCCUAACACUUCCAUUGUGGAUGCCUAAAAGGCAACAAGGCAUCACAAUCACAUCCAACUUAACCAUGUACAUUUUUUAUUUGUGGAAUAGAAAAUUGAGCAUGAAUAGGAUUUGGCUCUUGUUGAAAUUUA